ACUUCCGCCCCGGGCGCGGCUCGGGCCACGCCCACCUGUCCUGCAGCACUGGAUGCUUUGUGAGUUGGGGAUUGUUGCGUCCCAUAGCUGGACCCAGAAGGGACUUCCCUGCUCGGCUGGUUCUCGGUUUCUCUGCUUUCCUCCGGAAAAAUAACGGCGUCUUCCGCGCCGCGCAUGGAGCCUCCCGGCCGCCGCGAGUGUCCCUUUCCUUCCUGGCGCUUUCCUGGGUUGCUUCUGGCGGCCCUGGUGUUGCUGCUGUCCUCCUUCUCCGAUGCCUGUGAGGAGCCACCAACAUUUGAAGCUAUGGAGCUCAUUGGUAAACCAAAACCCUACUAUGAGAUUGGUGAACGAGUAGAUUAUAAGUGUAAAAAAGGAUACUUCUAUAUACCUCCUCUUGCCACCCAUACUAUUUGUGAUCGGAAUCAUACAUGGCUACCUGUCUCAGAUGACGCCUGUUAUAGAGAAACAUGUCCAUAUAUACGGGAUCCUUUAAAUGGCCAAGCAAUCAUUGCAAAUGGGACUUACGAGUUUGGUUAUCAGAUGCACUUUAUUUGUAAUGAGGGUUAUUACUUAAUUGGUGAAGAAAUUCUGUAUUGUGAACUUAAAGGAUCAGUAGCAAUUUGGAGCGGUAAGCCCCCAAUAUGUGAAAAGGUUUUGUGUACACCACCUCCAAAAAUAAAAAAUGGAAAACACACCUUUAGUGAAGUAGAAGUAUUUGAGUAUCUUGAUGCAGUAACUUAUAGUUGUGAUCCUGCACCUGGACCAGAUCCAUUUUCACUUAUUGGAGAGAGCACGAUUUAUUGUGGUGACAAUUCAGUAUGGAGUCGUGCUGCUCCAGAGUGUAAAGUGGUCAAAUGUCGAUUUCCAGUAGUCGAAAAUGGAAAACAGAUAUCAGGAUUUGGAAAAAAAUUUUACUACAAAGCAACAGUUAUGUUUGAAUGCGAUAAGGGUUUUUACCUCGAUGGCAGCGACACAAUUGUCUGUGACAGUAACAGUACUUGGGAUCCCCCAGUUCCAAAGUGUCUUAAAGUGCUGCCUCCGUCUAGUACAAAACCUCCCGCUUUGAGUCAUUCAGUGUCGACUUCUUCCACUACAAAAUCUCCAGCGUCCACUGCCUCAGGUCCUAGGCCUACUUACAAGCCUCCAGUCUCAAAUUAUCCAGGAUAUCCUAAACCUGAGGAAGGAAUACUUGACAGUUUGGAUGUUUGGGUCAUUGCUGUGAUUGUUAUUGCCAUAGUUGUUGGAGUUGCAGUAAUUUGUGUUGUCCCAUACAGAUAUCUUCAAAGGAGGAAGAAGAAAGGGAAAGCAGAUGGUGGAGCUGAAUAUGCCACUUACCAGACUAAAUCAACCACUCCAGCAGAGCAGAGAGGCUGAAUGGAUUCCACAACCUGGUUUGCCAGUUCAUCUUUUGACUCUAUUAAAAUCUUCAAUAGUUGUUAUUCUGUAGUUUCACUCUCAUGAGUGCAACUGUGGCUUAACUAAUAUUCCAAUGUGGCUUGAAUGUAGGUAGCAUCCUUUGAUGCUUCUUUGAAACUCGUAUGAAUUUGGGUAUGAUCAGAUUGCCUGUUUUCCCUUAAAUAACACUUAGAUUUAUUGGACCAGUCAGCACAGCAUGCCUGGUUGUAUUAAAGCAGGGAUAUGCUGUAUUUUAUAAAAUUGGCAAAAUUAGAGAAAUAUAAUUCACAAUGAAAUUAUAUUUUCUUUGUAAAGAAGGUGGCUUGAAAUCUUUUUUGUUCAAAGAUUAAUGCCAACUCUUAAGAUUAUUCUUUCACCAACUAUAGAGUGUAUUUUAUGUAUCGUUCAUUGUAAAAAGCCCUUAAAAAUAUGUGUAUACUACUUUGGCUCUUGUGCAUAAAAACAAGAACACUGAAAAUUGGGAAUAUGCACAAACUUGACUUCCUUAACCAAGAAUAUUAUUGGAAAAUUCUCUAAAAGUUAAUAGGGUAAAUUCUCUAUUUUUUGUAAUGUGUUCGGUGAUUUCAGAAAGCUAGAAAGUGUAUGUGUGGCAUUUGUUUUCACUUUUUAAAACAUCCCUAACUGAUCGAAUAUAUCAGUAAUUUCAGAAUCAGAUGCAUCCUUUCAUAAGAAGUGAGAGGACUCUGACAGCCAUAACAGGAGUGCCACUUCAUGGUGCGAAGUGAACACUGUAGUCUUGUCGUUUUCCCAAAGAGAACUCCGUAUGUUCUCUUAGGUUGAGUAACCCACUCUGAAUUCUGGUUACAUGUGUUUUUCUCUCCCUCCUUAAAUAAAGAGAGGGGUUAAACAUGCCCUCUAAAAGUAGGUGGUUUUGAAGAGAAUAAAUUCAUCAGAUAACCUCAAGUCACAUGAGAAUCUUAGUCCAUUUACAUUGCCUUGGCUAGUAAAAGCCUCUUAUCUAUCUAUGUAUGUGUCUUACCUCAUCUCCUAAAAGGCAGAGUACAAAGUAAGCCAUGUAUCUCAGGAAGGUAACUUCACUUUAUCUAUUUGCUGUUGAUUGUACCAAGGGAUGGAAGAAGUAAAUAUAGCUCAGGUAGCACUUUAUACUCAGGCAGAUCUCAGCCCUCUACUGAGUCCCUUAGCCAAGCAGUUUCUUUCAAAGAAGCCAGCAGGCGAAAAGCAGGGACUGCCACUGCAAUUCAAAUCACACUGUUAAAAGUUGUGUUUUGAAAUUUUAUGUUUAGUUGCACAAAUUGGGCCAAAGAAACGUUGCCUUGAGGAAGAUAUGAUUGGAAAAUCAAGAGUGUAGAAGAAUAAAUACUGUUUUACUGUCCAAAGACAUGUUUAUAGUGCUCUGUAAAUGUUCCUUUCCUUUGUAAUCUCUGGCAAGAUGCUUUAGGAAGAUAAAAGUUUGAGGAGAACAAACAGGAAUUCUGAAUUAAGCACAGAGUUGAAGUUUAUACCCGUUUCACAUGCUUUUCAAGAAUGUCGCAAUUACUAAGAAGCAGAUAAUGGUGUUUUUUAGAAACCUAAUUGAAGUAUAUUCAACCAAAUACUUUAAUGUAUAAAAUAAAUAUUAUACAAUAUACUUGUA